UGGUAACUUCAUUAUUGUGUAGCGCGUACAAGAUAAGGGACCCUUGAAAUUAUUUGAAGUAGUCACAGAUAUUUUUGAUUUAUUGUCAUUAUCGAACUGCUACAGUAAGUACGGUAUUUACAAUAUUCUCGAGAUGCCUAAAGUGAUGAAAGAGAAAUGUUUCAUUCUGUUUUUCGCCGUGUUCAUUGUAAUCGCUAAGGCAGAGUUUGAUUUCUAUGACUGCGGUUCUUCUAUGGAUAUUAAAACAGUUACUGUGAGCGACUGCGAUGAAAUCCCAUGCUACUUUUCUCCUGGAGAUCAUUUUACUGUGGAAAUUACUCUUUCAGAAGUGAGCAGCUUGAAUCGCACGGAAUUGGUUACGAAAGCUUUCCUUUGGAUGUUUGGUCAACAAUGGGAAUUGGAUAUAUCUCCAGUGAAUCCUUGCACACAGUGGCAUUGUCCUCUGUUUGCAGUAAAUGAUUUAAAAUAUGUUGCUGACGUGCUUAUCAGUGAUAGGCUAGCUAAGAGGCCUGCUCACGUGGAGGUAGUUAUUACAUAUGACGGAGACGAUGAACAAAUUCAAGUUUUAUGCAUAGAAUUUAGUGUUAGCCUUCAGUGAUUUCUUGGGCUAGUGUUUGUGAAAUAAUAUCUAUAUAAAUAAUUUUAAUGGCAUA